UUUUUCUCCUUCAAUAUGGGAAGAUCUUUACUAAAGUCCCGAUCUAGACAAGUUUUAAAAUGUGGAGAGUAUUAUUGGAAGAAUAACUCGCAGCUUAGUUCCCUGCGAAUGUACAGCGAUGGUGGCAGCCUCAAGGAAGUGCUGGCCAAAAAGAUACCACAGGAGCGUGAAAAGAUGCUGGGCAUCAAGUGCCUGCACGGCGACAAGAAGCUGGGCGAGAUCAAGGUGAGCAACGUUAUGGGGGGACAGCGUGGGCUGCUGCUCCUCAUGUGCGACACCUCCUAUGUGGAUCCCAACAAGGGCAUCUUCUACCGCGGGAUACCACUGAAGGAGGUGUGCGCCAAGCUGCCGCGUACCCAGAAGGGCAGCAAGGAGGGCACUCCUGAGGGAGCUUUCUACCUACUGACGGCUGGGAAGAUGCCCAACAAGAAGCAAGCUAAAGCCGUGACCACGGAGUGGCAAAAGCGUGGCAAGCUCCCCGACUACUGCUUCAAAUUGCUGGACAGCAUGGACAAGCGGGUGCAUCCGAUGGCCCAGUUUUGUGCGGCGAGCGCCGCUCUCAAUCCGGAGAGCAAGUUCGUGGAGGCCUACAACAAGGGUGCGAAGAAACCCAAAUACUGGGAGUACAUCUACGAGGACUCCAUGAAUCUGUGCGCCUUCCUGCCCACCGUCGCGUCGGUCAUCUACUGCAACAUCUUCAAGGGCGGAAAAGGUAACCGCAAGCUGGAUUCCUCCAAGGACUGGUCUGACAACUUUUGCAACAUGAUGGGCUACAAGGACAGCGGCUUUGUGGAUCUGAUGCGACUGUAUCUCAUCCUGCAUGCCGAUCACGAGAGCGGCAAUGUCUCGGCCCACACCACCCAACUGGUGGGGUCGGCUCUCAGUGAUCCUUAUCUAUCCUUCUCGGCGGGCAUGUGUGGUCUGGCGGGACCGCUCCAUGGAUUGGCCAACCAGGAGGUUCUGGUGUGGCUGGACAAACUUGUCGCUGCCAUUGGCUGUGAGCCAUCGGAUGAGCAGAUACUCAAGUUUAUCAAUGACACGCUGAAGAGUGGUCGGGUCGUUCCCGGAUAUGGUCAUGCGGUGCUGCGUCAGACCGAUCCUCGCUUUUCCCUGCAAAACGCCUUUGCAAUGAAGAACUGCAAGGACGAUCCGGGAGUUAAACUUGUCACACGGCUCUGGAAACUCAUACCCAAGGUGCUGAAGGAACUGGGCAAGGUUGCCAAUCCCUAUCCCAAUGUCGAUGCCCAUUCGGGUGUACUCUUGCAGCAUUAUGGCAUGAACGAGAUGAAGUACUAUACGGUUCUGUUCGGCGUAUCCCGAGCCUUGGGCGUGCUUCCUCAGCUGAUCUGGGCUCGCGCUCUGGGUGCUCCCAUUGAGAGACCCAAAUCCUUUACCACCGAUUUCUUGUGCAAGUUCCUUUCCAAGUCGAAGAAGGGCAAGAAGGGAAAGAAGGGCAAGAAAGGAAAGAAGUCUAAGAAGGGGCCCAAGAAGUGUUGAAGGUCGAACCAUAAUGGAGGGGAAUAUCAUUGAGGAAUGUUUUGGCUAAUUAUAGAAAUAAAAUUUGAAUAU